GAACGUCACAAUCUCGUCCAGCUUGAAAGCUUAUCAGCUGCUAAAGCUGUCUACAACUUAGAAGACCCAGAAAUUGUAAGCUUAGCGCAGUUUUCGCGGAACAAAACAAACGAACGGAUGAGGAAAAUACGCUGGCAAUGGCAGCUGCCAAUGCUGUUAAUAGUCAUUCAACUGGCCAGAUCCGAGGAGAGUAAUGAUAACUCCGAUUCGGGACGUUUCUUUACCCACAUCUAUAAACGGAAUCUGAAGCAGCUGGUGGAACUGAGAAAUACAAGUGUAGAACCAUGUGAGGAUUUCUAUACUCAUGCGUGUGGCAAUUUUGAUCAGUAUAUGGAAACAGCUGACGACGAUGAUGCACUGCCUCCGUAUUUGUACAACAAACAGGAUCGCAUGGAAUUCUUUCAAACACAACAUGUCAACUUUCAAACGUUGCCGGGCAAACUCUUAUCACAGCUUUACGGGGAGUGUAAGGCGCAAGAGAUGAGCACGCGGUCAAGAGGAGCACACUGGGAGCGCUUGCGGCAACAGCUGCCCUUUCUGGCCGAGCAUGAGGAGGUGCUCUCGUCCUGGCCCUUUUUGCGUCAUCAAUGGCAACGAAAGCAGCUGGACGAGCAGCUCAAUUGGAUUCAGUUGGCGGCACAGCUGACGACACAUGGAGUGCCCACCUUGUUGCACAUUUACUUUGCCCAGGAGACCAUCUAUGUGGCCCCAAUGCCGGAGUUGCUUUGUCCCAGUCUGCAGGGAUUCCAGGAGAGCAUGUCGGAGAUGUUGCACGGACGACAUCCGCAGGUGGCACACAUUGUGGCACACGAGAUGCGGGUGCUGUGUCGUGGCAUGCGUGGCGAAUUGCCACUGGCCAACAGUUUGAGUAGGAGUCGAAGUCAGUUCACGUCAAAUGCUAGCCAGGAGCAGCUGGAGCUGGAUGACAAUACAAUUGAUUAUUUUCAGCAUUUCUUUGCGCUGUUGAACUUCACGGAGCAGCAGCUCACAACGGCACGCAAGUUGCCGCUGGAUGUGGCAAGCAUAACACAAACGUGGCAGGUGCUGCGCCACACGGAACCACGCAUCGUCUACAACUAUGUGAUGUGGCUGGCACAGCAGCAGCUGCUCUACGAGGAUUGCUUUCAGCUGGCCCAGGAAUUCGAGCGGUUGUUGCACGUCGAAUACUGGCAGUGGCAUGUCCUUGCCCCACAAUUGAGCCGAGACGUUGGCCUCGCCUUGUAUCAGCUGCACACCACACGCUUCCAGCAGCGCAGACGCUCCACGUUGAGUCGUCGGGAUUGGUAUGGUUAUCUAAUGCCGGCGGCUGUGGAGCGCCAGGAGUUGCAAGUGGCACGUCUGUUGCAUGCGCAUGCCCAGCAUUAUCUCAAUCUCACCGAGCAUGAGUUGCAUCUGCAGCAGUUGCAGUUUGUUUCGGGUGAUUUCUACGGUAAUCUUCUCCAGCUGCGACGUGCGCAACUGCGUCAUAGUUUCGAGUCGCCCUACGUGGAUGAGGAGGAUGAGCGUUCGCCUGCAUACUUUCUGCGGCAUUUUCUGCACUUUAUCAUCCUGUCGCUGCAUCGUCCCAUGUAUCAUUAUUAUGCCAGCCAGGGUUUGGAGCUGUGGCGUCAGUCUCGUCUGCUGCAGGACACAGAUGGCUACUACACCGCCUUGGAUUGCCUGGAGCGGCAAUCGCAGCAGUUCAAUGAUCCCCAACAGCCCUCCAUCUAUCGUCCACUCAGCUCCCAUAUGGUGGCAAAUGUUUUUCACUUUCAUCGCUCGUUCCAAGCUGCUUUAUGGGAUUACAAAUUCUGGUUGCAGGGCGAACGUUUCGUCUUUGCCGAACAGAUUGUUCUAAAUUUCUUCGGAUUGGAUGAGCAUCGUGUGCUCUUCUAUGCGGUGGCCCAACAGCUCUGCAAUCGCCACACGGAGAUUUAUGCAGCGCAACUGAAUCGUGGCUAUAUGAAUCUGCCCGAGUUCCAAACGGCCUUCAACUGUGAGGCGGAUGCAGCCAUGAAUCCACCCGCCAAGUGCAUGAUCAACAGAUGUGAAUCAAGUCCAUAAUGUAACCCCUUAUUAAUUGUAGAAUAAUUAUAUUUUAAUAAAUUCAAAAUCAACAGAUGUGAUUUAA